AUAUGUAUCUUGCUUCCCUUCCCUUCUAUUGGUAUCAGUUACCUAAUAAAAAUAAUGAAGCUACGCGAGUCAAGCGGCAAAGAAGAGAAGCACAGGACACAACAUUUUCAGCACGAACUAAAAGACCUGAUCUCGUCUUUAACCCACAUGGGAGAGGAGAAGGGAGGACCGAGCCAAUAUGAAGAAAGAGAGGAGGAGGAUGAAGGCGUCAGAGUCAUCACGCUCUCGGGAUCCAACAUAGGGGCCACCAUGAAGACAGAACUCGACAAUAAUCAUGGAGACAACAAACAUGAGCUUGAUUUCCUUACUACCUUCGUUAACAGCAACUUUCAAGCUGUGAACAAUUCGCUAAUGAUGGGGGCCAAGUACGAGACUCAUGAUCCUGGCGUUCAUCUUGACAUCUCAGGCGAUGUGGAGAAGCCUCCGAUGAAGGCUUUUGCGAGGGAGACGAAGGAUAAGAAGGGAAAGACUCCUACUCGAAGUUGA